AUGAUCGGCUCUAAGACGAAUCUGCUCGACUCUUUCGUGGUGCUGUACGCGACCCUCGUGGGUGCCCUGCAUCGCGCUGUCGGACUGGAGUUUGGUGCCCACUUUGUCCAGACGCUUGUCAAGAAGUACCACGAGCUCGUUCAGCAAGCCGCGCCUACCGCCGAGGAGGCUGCGGAGAACGAGAACGACCCCUCUCGUGAGGCAUUCAACCUUUUGACCCUUAUUGCGGAGCUGUACAACGCCGGUGUCAUCGGAGCUGGUCUGAUCUACGAUCUCAUCCGUGGCUUUAUCGGCACCAGCGGAGACACCAUGUCUGAGCGCGGAGUUGAGGGCCUCAUGAAAAUCGUCAAGUGUGCCGGAUCUCAACUCCGUGCUGACGACCCCGCCUCGCUCAAGGACAUUGUCACGCUCGUUCAGGAGCAGACCCGAGGGAAGGAAAAGGAGAUGACGACUCGUGCCAAGUUUAUGGUUGAAACCCUCGUCGCGCUGCGCGGUGGCAAGACGAAGGGUCUCGGUGCCGAGCGCGAGGACGUUGCCCGCAUGCGUCGUUUCUUGGGAGGCAUGGGUAAGAAGCGACGUCUCCUUGCUCCUGAGCCUCUCCGAGUAGGGCUCAACGACCUCCUCUCGGCUGAUUCUCGCGGAAAGUGGUGGCUCGUUGGUGCCGGUUGGUCCGGGAACCCGCUCGUGGAGCAGGCAUCAUCGCUCUCAUUCGACACGAAGAAGAAGCAGAAGAAGACGGCUGCCGAGGCGGAGGAUGAGGAAGUUCUGCUAGACCUCGCUCGCAAGCAGGGCAUGAACACCGACGUGCGCCGCAGUGUCUUCGUCGUACUCCUCACCUCGGAAGACUACGUGCAUGCCUGCGACCGUCUGAACGCCUUCCGUCUUACGAACGUCCAGGAGCGCGAGUUUGUUCGUGUCGCUCUGCACUGCUGUGGUAUGGAGGGCCAAUAUAACCCGUACUAUACCCUCGUGCUCAACAACCUUUGCGAAAACUCAUACGACCACCGCUUCACGCUUCAAUACGCUCUCUGGGAUCUCUUGCGCGAGCUCAGCGAGGGCACCGUGAAGACGGACCGCAUCACGAACGUCGCCAAGUCCAUUGCAUACCUAAUGGGCCGCGGCAGCGUCGACGUCACGAUCCUGAAGGGCGCUGACUUCACCGAUCUCUCCAAGCAGACGAGGCAGUUCCUCGACCAGCUGAUGCGCAACCUCAUGAUUGCUAUCCAGGGAACAAGCCCUCUGUUGACUUUGCCUAAGGGGUUCAAGGCCAAGGACAUCGAUCUCGAGGCUGUCGAGGAGUCGUUUGACAAAGCUCUUGCUGUUCCUGAGCUUGCUGGUGGUUUGGCAUACAUCCUUCAGGGUGUGAAGAAGAAUCCGGGCAAGGGUGUGGGCGAGCUGGAGGCUGAAGUGAUCCAGCAGAGCGCGGAGGCGGCCGUGGAGGUGCUUUCCAAGGCUAUUUAG